UACCAAAUGGUUAGAGUUCGCUUUGCUCCUAGUCCUACAGGUCCUCUACACUUGGGCGGCCUUCGAACCGCGCUUUUUAACUUUCUAUUUGCUAGAAAGGAGCGCGGCUCGUUUAUUCUACGCGUCGAAGACACGGACAGGCGACGUCACGUGACACACGCAGAGGACGAGAUUUCUGCCUUGUUGCGAUGGUCUGGCAUUCUUCCCGACGAGGGACCGUCGGUGGGCGGCCCGUUUGGACCGUACAGGCAAUCGGAGAGGUUAGAAACGUACAGGAAGGCCGCAGAAAGGCUCGUUGAGAGAGACGAUGCGUUCUACUGUUUUGCUUCGCGAGACGAAGUGGAGAGGAGGCAGUUGGAUGCGAGACGGACGGGAAGGAAAGUGGACUAUGAUGAGAAGCUGAGUAGAAGGCAAUGGGAAGAGAAACUGAGUCACGGCUUGCCACAUGUCAUCAGAAUGCGAGUGCCCUCGACCGGUACAGUGACGUACAGUGAUCUCGUGUAUGGCACAAUGGAGUUCCAUGCUCACACAAUCAGCGAUCAGAUUCUCAUCAAGUCGGACGGUUACCCGUCGUACCAUCUCGCUAGCAUCGUCGACGACCACCACAUGGGCGUCACACACGUCCUACGAGGGGAGGAAUGGUUGUCGUCCACACCCAAACACGUGAUGCUCUAUCACGCAUUCGGGUGGCCGAUGCCACUGUUGUGUCAUCUCCCGUUACUCAUGAACAGCGACGGCACGAAAAUGUCAAAACGUGACAGCCACAUGUCUGUCGGUGAAUGCAAAGAGAUGGGGAUACUGCCUGCCGCUUUAUUGAACUUCGUUGCACAUCUGGGUUGGUCACCCGAUGACCACACAUUGAGAUACAUGACAUUUGAUGAACUUGUUGAUCAGUUUUCACUUGGAGGCAUCAACAAGGCACGACCGACGGUCGACGUUCAGCAACUCUUGGCGACGAACAGAUGGCACCUGCGAGCCAAACAUGCAUCCGCCGACGAAGAAGAGCAGACAGAAUUUGUAAACCAGCUGCGAGAUCUGGUCAUUCAUAACCUGGGUGUCGACCCUGUUGUUGAUAUUAAUGGUGUGAGUCGGGAUUACUUGGAAGCCGUUUUAGGUUUGCUCCUCUCUCGCGUUUCUACCGUUCCUGAAGUCGUACACGCCGGUAGAUACUUUUGGUUGGACCCGGUCGUGUCAUCGGUGAAGUUAAUUGAAAUUUAUCCAACGGCAAGAGAGUUGAUUAUGUUGACAGUCGACGAACUAAAUAGUUUGGAAAAUCGUGAUUUUUGUGCUGUUGAGGUGAUGAGGUUGUUGAGGCAGAUAGCGAGUGAUUGUGGUGUGAGUCGAAAGGCGGUAUUGCAAGUUGUUCGGUUUGCGGUGACUGGAAUGAAUGAGGGGCCUGAGCUUGGGUUGACUGUGGAGGUACUGGGUAGGGAGAGAGUGACAUCUCGUUUGUUAUGUCAUGUUUAGUUAUAUUAGCUACGAAUAUGAAAGAACUAUAGAAUAAGUGUCGUCUUGUUGGAUGUUUUUGAUGUUUCUAGCGCGUCGAGAAAGUUUGUUUCUUCGUGAAGCUCUUCGACUUGCUACACACACAGUGAUAUACACACAGUGAUAUACACACAGUGACACACACACAGACACACACACACACACACACACACACACACACACCACAUGCACAGUGACACACCACACACACACACACACACACACACACACACACACACACACACACACACACACACACACACACACACACACAGACAGACAGACAGACAGACAGACACACAGACAGACACAGACACAGUGACAGACAGACAGACACACACACACACACACACACACACAUGACACACACAGUGACACACACACACACACACACACGAGAAAUAAUAAUUCUUCAAAACAUUGAAAUUCUGUUAUGAAGUUUUAGUUGUUACCUUUUCGUUGGCAUUUGCCCAUAGACGUAAGGCCCUGUUGUACUC